GCGGCCCAGCGCUCGAGUGGACGCGGGGCUUCGCAAAUGGCUUGUCCCGCUGUCGGUCUGGAAGCUCUGCAGCCCCUGCAGCCCGAGCCGCCCCCCGAGCCUGCCUUCUCCGAGGCGCAGAAGUGGAUCGAGCAAGUGACUGGCAGAAGUUUUGGUGAUAAAGAUUUUCGGACAGGGUUAGAAAAUGGAAUCCUUCUCUGCGAGUUGCUGAAUGCUAUAAAGCCAGGACUUGUUAAAAAGAUCAAUAGAUUGCCUACCCCCAUUGCAGGAUUGGACAAUAUCAUAUUAUUCUUGAGAGGUUGUAAAGAGCUCGGCCUUAAAGAAUCUCAACUUUUUGACCCGAGUGACCUGCAGGAUACGUCCAACAGAGUAACAGUCAAGAGCCUUGAUUAUAGUAGGAAGCUGAAAAAUGUGUUAGUGACCAUUUACUGGCUGGGCAAAGCAGCAAAUAGCUGUGCAUCUUACAGUGGAACGACGCUGAACCUGAAGGAGUUUGAAGGCUUGCUGGCUCAGAUGAGAAAGGAGACUGAUGACAUUGAGAGUCCUAAACGUAGUAUUCGAGACAGUGGCUACAUCGACUGCUGGGAUUCCGAGCGCAGCGACUCCCUCUCUCCCCCUCGACACGGCAGAGAUGACUCCUUCGACAGCCUGGAUUCCUUUGGCUCCCGUUCCCGGCAGACACCUUCUCCAGAUGUAGUCCUCAGGGGAAGCAGUGAUGGGAGAGGAAGCGACUCUGAACCUGACUUGCCACAUCGGAAGCUGCCAGAUGUGAAGAAGGAUGACAUGUCUGCGAGGCGGACUUCCCACGGUGAGCCGAAGUCCGCAGUGCCUUUCAACCAGUACCUCCCCAACAAAAGCAACCAGACGGCCUACGUCCCCGCACCCCUGAGGAAGAAGAAAGCAGAGCGAGAGGAAUAUCGGAAGAGCUGGAGCACGGCCACCUCCCCCCUGGGAGGGGAGAGGCCCUUCAGCUAUCCUGAAACAAUAGAGGAAGAGGCAAGUGAAGUGGGGUCUCCUUGUGAAGAGGACCCUGUCGGCCAGAUGGACCCUGGUGGGAAGCCUCCUGAAGGUGGGUCAGAAUCUCCCAAUGGCAGUGGUAAGGAGCAGCCUCCUCCCGAGGGUGCUGUGGCAGCACCAGCUCCCAAGUCUGAAGAAAAAGAUGCUGCUGAAAUCCAAAAGCGCAGAAGGCUAGAGCAAGCUGGAAUCAAGGUCAUGCCAGCAGCACAGCGCUUUGCCAGUCAAAAGCUGUUAAGUGGUGAGAAAGAAGCUGUUCGAGAUAUUAUCCUUCGUAAAGAAAACCAACAUGGCAAAGACUCCGACUCAGAAGAUGAAGCUUCAGGUCGACUGCCUGAUCUUGAGAAAGAUGACUUUGCUGCCCGGAGAGCAAGGAUGAACCAGCCCAAGCCAAUGGUGCCACUGAAUCAACUCCUCUAUGGGCCUUACCUGAAAAGAGAGGCAGAGAAAUCAGAUGGCAGUAAACAACCCUCAAAGGGAAUCUCAGGAAAGAAAAGUCUAGAACGUAAAAGAAAGCAGGGCCAAGCAGAAGAGGUGAAGUCAAGGGUGACCUGUAUUACACGGGCUCAGGAGAGUGAGCCUGCGGAGGAGGGACUCAGGAAGAUGCCCGAUCUUUACAAGGAUGACCUGGCGCAGCGGAGAAUUCAGGGCAGGCCUGGCCCUCGCCGCGAGGUUCCGAGCUUUGUCACAGUCUCCAAUAUAACAGAAGCCGACCUGGAGACGUGGGAGAGACUGAAAGUGUCAGGAAAGACAAGGGAUGGAGAUGUUGAACACAUGUGUGUCCCUGAGCCUCUACCAGAAAUUAAAGCAGAAACUGCCAUCCGUGAUGACUUUGCCAGCCGCAAGGCAGGGGCCUAUAAGAAAGCUUCCAGCCCUAGGCAAAAGUUUGUGCACUUUGGCCCAGUGACAGAGAUGGAUCAGCAGACCUGGAAGCGGCUCAGCAUUGGCAAGGCCGGGCCUAGGCAGGACGGAGAGGAAGCCGUCGGUCACAGCAGGAAGACGCAGACGUACUCUGUGUCCCCCGCCUCGGCAGCCACGUCCCGCUUGGAAGACCAAACGCUUAACCCACAGAAUGGCUACAGAAUAGUGACUUCUGGUGUAGAUGACAGUUGCAAAAGGGUCUCGCAGCUUGCUCUGGUGCCGGGGUCCCAGGAGGAGCAUAGCUGCCGUUUGGGCGAGUGCCCAAGGAGGACAGAGGAAGUUACACGCAAACAGCUGCCACAGGAUGGCACACAGGAGAACGGAGGAGUUGCUCAAAGAGAUUCUGAGAUGGCGCCCAAGGCUGAAAGAUCUGAGGAGAGCAGCCAGCCACUAUACGGUCCGAGAACUCCUGUGUCUGAUGACGCAGAGAGCACGAGUAUGUUUGACAUGCGGUGUGAGGAGGAGGCCGCGGUGCAGCCGCACAGCAGGGCCCGCCAGGAGCAGCUGCAGCUGAUAAAUAACCAGCUGCGGGAAGAGGAUGACAAAUGGCAAGAUGACCUGGCUCGUUGGAAGAGCCGCAGAAGAAGCGCUUCUCAGGACUUAAUCAAGAAAGAGGAAGAAAGGAAAAAAAUGGAGAAGUUACUGGCUGGAGAGGAUAGGAUGAGUGAACGAAGGAAAAGCAUCAAAACCUACAGAGAAAUUGUCCAAGAAAAAGAGCGGAGAGAGAGGGAGCUGCAUGAGGCGUAUCAGAAUGCACGGUCCCAGGAGGAGGCAGAAGGGAUCCUUCAGCAGUACAUCGAGAGGUUCACCAUCAGCGAGGCUGUUCUUGAACGCUUGGAGAUGCCAAAAAUUCUGGAAAGAAGCCAUUCGACAGAGCCAAACUUAUCCUCCUACCUGAACGACCCCAACCCCAUGAAAUACCUGCGCCAACAGUCACUGCCUCCACCCAAAUACACUGCCACUGUGGAGACCACCAUCGCGAGUCCCAGCGCUCCGGAGGCCAGCACGUCAGCGAGCAGUGGGUCUCCAAGCAGAACUGUCACUCCCAAAGCAGUGCCUAUGCUGACACCCAAGCCUUACUCCCAGCCCAAAAACUCUCAAGAGGUUCUGAAGACCUUCAAGGUAGAUGGGAAAGUCAGCAUGAACGGAGAGACGGUUCCUGGUGAUGAGGAGGAGAAGGAAAGAGAGGGUCCCACGGUAGCACCCGCCCCCUCGUUGACCAAAUCCCAGAUGUUUGAAGGUGUGGCCAGAGUGCAUGGGUCCCCCGUGGAGCUGAAACAAGACAACAGUGGCAUUGAGAUCAACAUAAAGAAGCCAAGUUCUGUUCCCCAAGAAUUGACGGCAACCACUGAAGAAACUGAAGCAAACAGCCAAGAAGAUGAGAAAGAUGGUGAAAAAACAGAAAAAGGGAAUACAGAAGUUGCCUCAUCAGAGCCACAGCAUUUUACGACAACUGUGACUCGAGCCAGCCCGACUGUGGCCUUUGUGGAGCUUUCCCCCAGCCCCCAGCUGAAGAAUGAGGUGCCAGAAGAGAAAGACCAGAAGAAACCAGAGAAUGAAAUGAGUGGGAAGGUGGAGUUGGUGCUGUCACAAAAGGUGGGAAAGCCAAAGUCUCCAGAACCAGAAGCAACCCUGACGUUUCCAUUUCUGGACAAAAUGCCUGAAACCAACCAGUCACAUUUGCCAACUCUCAGCUCUCAAGAGUCACCUGGCACUGCCAGCGUUCCGCUGAGAGUUCAGAACUCUUGGCGACGUUCCCAGUUUUUCUCGCAGUCAGUGGAUUCUCCAAGCAGUGAAAAGUCACCUGUGACUACACCUCAGUUUAAAUUCUGGGCGUGGGACCCGGAAGAGGAGCGCAGGCGACAGGAGAAAUGGCAACAGGAGCAGGAACGUCUGCUCCAGGAGAGAUACCAGAAGGAGCAGGACAAGCUGAAAGAAGAAUGGGAAAAGGCCCAAAAGGAGGUGGAAGAGGAAGAACGCCGAUACCACGAGGAGGAGCGAAAAAUAAUUGAGGACACUGUGGUUCCAUUUACUAUUUCUUCAAGUUCUGCAGACCAGCUGUCUACAUCCUCCUCUGUGACUGAAGGCAGUGGGACAGGGGGAUGGAGAGGGUCCAGAAAAUCUGAUCUGCCUCCGUGUCCCCCAAGGAAGGUCGUGGAGAAUAAGAUGGACUUGGAAAACUGUCGAGAAGAAGAGCAAACGAUAAGACAGAAGAAACCAUUCCAGGGGGACAACAGUGACUCAUUGCUAAAGACUCAGGAAGGUGCCCCACUGGAGGAAAAGGGCAGCCUAACUCAAGGAGUCUUGACUCAUUCUGAGAACCCUGUAUCAAAAGGAACCCAUCAGGACCAUCCGCUGGAUACGGACGCUGGGUCCCCGCCCUGUGGGGUGAACCCACAGCUAGCUCAGGAUCCAUCCCAGAAUCAGCAGGUAUCAAACCCACCAACGCACAUUUUAGAAGAUGUGAAGCCCAAAACCCUCUCGUUGGAUAAGACCAUUAACCAUCAGAUUGAGUCUCCAAGUGAAAGACGAAAGAAAAGCCCUCGCGAGAACUUCCAGGCUGGGCACUUGUCCCCCUGCUCACCUACCCCUCCUGGCCAGUCACCAAACAGGUCUAUCAGUGGCAAGAAGCUGUGCUCCUCGUGUGGGCUUCCGCUGGGUAAGGGGGCUGCAAUGAUCAUCGAGACCCUCAGUCUCUACUUCCACAUCCAGUGCUUUAGGUGUGGAAUCUGUAAAGGACAGCUCGGAGAUGCAGUGAGCGGGACGGAUGUUAGGAUUCGAAACGGUCUUCUAAACUGUAAUGACUGCUACAUGCGAUCCAGAAGUGCUGGCCAGCCCACAACGUUGUGACGUGGUUUUCAAGCUUCCAGAUCUCUCACCAUUUCCUUGCUGAGGGUGUCCAAACGUUUAACAAAACCCCAAGUUCAGGGGCUUCUCAGCAUUCAUCUAAUUUCUGAAAGGCUAUUAUGAAAGAUGUAUCUGGUUUUCUGGGUUUUUUUUUUUUUUUUGUAUAGCACAGUGUGUUUUUCCUGGUUUCCUUUUUUCUUUUCUUUUUUUUUUUUGGCAUUUGCACAGUAUAUACAAAAGAAUAUUGAAUUGUAAUGAUCCUGAAUAGUUCAAAAACAGGUCUUAGUGUGGUCAAACAGGCUUACGGUUUAAAAUGUGUUAUUCUCCUCUUUGGGAAUUAAUGAGAUAAAUGAUGCAAUAAACUUUUUUUUUUUAGCAUUUCUAGGAAUUAAACCCUAUGUUUACAGAAUUGAGCUGCAGAAAAUGCAAAACAUGCCAAUUUGAGACAUGCAGUCUUCUGAGACAGGAGCAUACAGUUAAUGCAUUUUAGAAACUAAAAAUCACAUCAUAUAGCUCUGAGCUGUAACUUGUUUUUAAUGCAAGGAUGCUAGUCUGAUAAUAUAUACUGUAAUCCUGAGACGUUUGUGUUACUUACCUUUUGAGGUAGAAGUCAUACCAAUAAAUUAUUGCACCACUAGUAUUAGAUUGUGUGUACUUUGGAAGUUAGGCCAUUAAUUUAGGCUGGCCCAUCAAAUAAAGAGAACCCUUGCAAUAUCGGCUUGGCUUACACUCUGGGACAUUGCUCGAGGGUAGGAAGAAAUCAGAGGGACAUAAUUCAGUCAUCAUUUCCAAAGUUAUUACCAAAAUCUGUGAGGAAGUUUAAUCUUCCAGAGAGUGGUGGGUCCAUGCUAGCUAAGAGGGCUUUAUUGCAUGCUUCUCUGCCGGCUCUGGAUUCAAUAAGAGGCUCAGUAUGAGGCGAAUAGAAGUUCUCAUCGAGAUCAGCCCCUCAUUAGGUGUGACCACUGCUCACCCGUGUCUGCAAGUUCUUCUUGGGGGUCUGAAGCACAAGUGGCUAAGGAAAAGCAUUAUGUCCAUCCUAACAGAAUCCAAAUGACAUUUGAUGUGAUAAGCCACUAGUGUGCAAUCAGCAGGAACCUAGCUUCCACUCUCAUGGAUACCUGCUCUCCGUCACUCUCCUCUGUCACCACCUCCCUUUACUACCGAGAAUUCUGGACCUUGCUCAUGGAGAAGCUUAGCAAGGAACUCUUGGGAGAGCUGCUUUAUUGUUUGCCCUGCGUGAUGAGUUUCAUCUGGCCCAGAGAGGAAUCAAGUUACUAAAAAGCAUCAUGUUUUAGAUCUCCAGGCUGUUUUCUUCAAGACUGGGGAAAGGGGAACUAUUUAUUCUGCCUUAAAAUGAUGGCAAAUAAGUGAAGAUGACAUUUUGUGAAUGUAGACUAUGGAUAUACUCUGAAUAGGUUAAUGUAGUCAUAAAAGAAGAUCAAGUAGAUGUUUUUUCUGUUAUGUAAGCAAUAAUUUUUUCUGUGUCUUAUUGAGUAUGGCUAGCAAUUAUUUAUUUACAUGCUAGACGGUUCUCUGCAUGCGGGUUCCAUGUUAAGUGCAGAAAUUUCCUCAGCCACUGGAGAAACUUUGACCAUUUUGUCAUUUGGAUGAGCUGUUGUUAGAUUGAAAUUUACACAUCAUUUCAUUAAAAAUUGUGCCUUAGAAAAUGCAAAGCUGUUGCACAUAGUCAAUGAUGAAUUAUGGAUGCAGUGCAUUGAAGAGAGGUGAAGUCAUUUCCAAGUUCUCAAGACUUCUCAUAGAGCUGUUCCUUGUUUGACAGGGGGAAAAAAUACUAAAAAAAGAAAAAUUGAAAAAAAUUAAAAAGAAAAACGUUUUGAAAAUGUACAGAGUAAGUCCAAUAUUUUGAUUAACCACCUGCAUGUUUUAUUAAAUAUUUUGAUAAUGUGGGCGUUUACACUUUGCAUGACAUUAGCAGAGUACAUUACUGCAAAUACUGCACAAAACAUGUACAAUAUGAUCAUUCAUAACCGAUUUUUAUAGAACACUUUUUACAUGUGGAAUUCCAUCUGUUAUGUAAGGAUUAUAUGAAUAUUGCACAUUCUCUUCUAGUUUCACAAACCCAUUUAUACAUAUUUCUUAGUGAGACUCAUUGUACAUGUAUUGAAGCUAGAAUCAAGUCAAGAAAAAUAAAGCCCCAUUCUCCAGCUGCGAAAUGUGCUUUCCCAUAAUGAACAAUAGUCACCAGCACAGAAUAAUCUCCAACAUUUUCUAAAUUCUAAUUGCCAACUGUUUCUAUUUAUAUUUGAUUUCUAUUUCAUUUGGAGUCUGUUACAUGGCAGCUUGGGCAGACUCGAUCUUGUUUUUUCCAGUGCAGCAUAAUGAGUAUGAUCUAUUUCUUUUCAAACAAUCUUUGAGAUCCCAGGAAAAAAAAGAUGCUCUACUUUGUUGAGCUACAGCGUAAAUGUGUUUGUUUAAGAAACAGAUGAGGCAAGUGAGUGAUUUAUGGUUCCUGAGGAAGUGUAUCUUUUUUUUCUUCUUAUACUUCAAAAGCUAGCCCCUUCUCUUCCAUAAGGAAAAAGAAAAAUGGGCAACUCUUUGUUUUUCACUAGCAAACUUUCAUGACAUUUCUUCCUUCUUUCUAUGUAGUGGUAUUAAUGCAAUACGUAUUAUAGUUAUCUAUACUCAGUGUAAGACUUAACGAGCUGAAAUGAUCCACCUCAUAUGUGAGUCCGUCCAAAAGAUGUUACUGUUCUGGGUGGGCCAAUGUUCUAUAUCAGUUACACUAACCUUCAUUUAAAAUAUUUAUUCUAAAAUGCCUCUAAGAAAUAGUAAAAAAAAAAAAAAAACAAAAAGUUGUCUAAAAUGCAACAGCUUUUAUAGUAAAUGUACAUUUAUAAAUAAAAUACUCAAAUCAA